AAACCUGCUGUUUUAGUGAAACUUUAAAGUUAAACUUCUAAAUUGUGUGCGUUCAACACGAAAUUUCUGAAUAUUAAUAUUAAAAAGAGCACCACCACCUGAGCCCGGCGAGUGGUCACCACCUUGACACAGGUCGGCCAUUUUUUUGUAGACCUGUUCGUCAACUUUGAAAACGACGUCGAUGAAGGUGUGACCCGGUGGUGCCCCUUCUUCUUGACCACGCCGAACGCCAAUGGACUGGCGAUACCUCUGAGCGAUCUACCCCCCCAGGCAGGCAGGACGACGACGUGGGCGUGCCCGGCCGGAGUUGGCAUGACGAAGCUCGGCGGAUGGCCGAACGUGCUGGGCACACUGCUGGGGCCGUCGCUGGUGGCCACACUGCUGGCGCUGCUGCUGUUGACGACCCACCCGGACAGUUGCGAUGGCCAGCGGGAGUCACAGUUGCGGCUCGGGAAGGCGAUCAACAUCUUCAUCCGGUACGGCUACCUGUCGAUCUCGAUGAAGGUGAUCUCGUACAACGAUAGCGAGACGUGGCUGUUCAAGGAGCCGACCAAGAAUAUCUUCAAGGGCCUCGAUCUACUCAAAACCGAAGAGUACGAGGUGAAGCCGGGCAUCUUCAACGGCGAUUUCCACAUGGAGUUCUGCGACAACAAGCGGCAGCUGUUCCAGGCGUACUUCCGCGACUUCCAGAUCGAGCGGCUGGACAGCCCCUGGCGGGCGUACACCGAGGGCUGGCACACGGAGAUCGCGGCCAAAAAGCUAGGCAUCCAAAGCAAGUACCUCGAGCGGGACGACUACUGCUACGUGCUGGUGCGGGUGUCCCGGUUUCGGGACAGCGCCAAGUUCGCCCGCGUCAUUCCGCCGAACCAGGUGCUGGAGAGUGACGUUGCGAGGCGCGUUCAGGGUGUUACGAUAGGGGACACGACGUCGGCGGUGCAGUUCAUGAACAAGUACGGCACGCACUACAUCAACUCGUACGUGACGGGCAACUCGCUGUACCAGGUGUUUGUGUUCAACAAGCGAAACUACGCCCACAUCAAGGAGAAGCUCAAGUCGGGAGUGCUGGCACUGUCCAAGGUGGACCUGUACGACCACUUUGCCCCGUGGUACGUGGAACACAUGGGCAAGAUUCGCUGUGCCAGCGGGAACACCACGGUGGAAGCGUGGGCCUCGCGCAAGCUGCGGCUAUCGUACUACGUGUUCACGUACAGCAGUCUGCUGAAGCUGCACGGCGAUGGUGCGCUGUUGCGGAUAUUGAGCGAACUGCUCCAGAACGAGGCCAUCCUGCAGCUGGACCUCAAAUCGCUCAGUGUCAUCUUCAAGGAACCGGCGAAACGUGCCUGGUUCGAGGAAAUCCUCGACAACUAUCUCAAACUGUGGGAGGUGAACAUGUAGAAGAAGGGAAGUGCGGGGUGUAACGUAGUUGACUCAAAGACAGAGCUGAACUCUGACGGUGCUAAGGCCUAAUGUGGCCAACAAGUCAAGAUAAUCCUAAUCUAGACCAGAAGAGUUGCUGAACAACAACAACAACCUUGGCCAGUCCCAGUGAGACUUGAAGAAUGGGCCAAAGAAUGCACAAGAAUGUGGAGCAAAAUCGCUGCUGGUCGAAGGAGGCUUCCUCGUUCGGAACGACGUCGCCAACUGAGAUUGAAAGUCGAAAGUCGGGCACGUGUGCGAGCGCGAAUAACAAAAACAAAGGUCAAAUUUCCACGACACGUGCUCAAGAGCAGUGGUAAUGUUAGUGAAUCCCCUUUUUUUGAAGUGCUUUAAUUGGAUAAAAAAAGUUCAAUUUUUAAAUUGAAUGACUUUUUCUGACGUCUUUGGUGUUUCACUUCAAAAGUUUCGGUUCAACAUUUUUUUUCCGAGAUAGAAUAAACUUCUAAAUUCUAAGUUUGUAUGGAGAAACCAAUGGAAUCGAUAGUUCGACUUGACUUGCAUAGAAUUUCAAUUUUAUUUAACUGUAAAGAAUUUUCUGUGACGUUAGAUUGAUGUCACACGAUUUCCCCACCUUUUAAGUUCAGAGCAAAAUCAAUUUUACCGACAUUUAAAACAUUCACCAUUACCCAUCCAGAGCAUUUAAACUAAUUGAAUUAAUUGGCCAAAUUGUGCAAAGCUCCGAGACAGACAGAACAAUCGAACGGAGCAAGGUUGACAUUUAACUUAAACAAUAACAACAACUACAAACUACAUCGUGUGGACAUAAGAGCAAUCAAUUCAACUACUUCACUGCUGUGAUAGAUUAGAUAGUAACUGAUGUAUAAAUGGUAAGAUUCUUCUUCCCGCCACCUGACCAGAACGACGUCCUUGGGUUUCGUGUGUGCGGCGCAUGACAAGAUUAUCUAAUGACGCUAGAGGGGACACCUUCCGGGGUGCCGGAAGAAGAGUCCCCUCACUUCCGAGAUUGACACUAAUUGGGACGAAACAAGACAGACGACGGAUAAGUAGAGAAUCGUGCAAUUUUAAACAAGUGCAACUGGACAAAACAAAUAAAGAAACGUUCCUCACCCGACUUAGACCUUAAGCACAUGUACCGCGGUUAGGUUUACGAAUAGUCUUCUAAUAGGUAGAACAACACUCUUUAAUUGGGGAUGAGCAUUUAGUUUGCACCGCAGCCACCACAAAUAACAGAAGAGAAGGAAGAGCAGUGGAUCAUGAGUAGAUUGUAGUGUAUAGCUAUUUAAGACCAAUUUUAAUUAUGCAUUCAGUUAGUCGCCAUCAAAAUAAGUGUAAAUAUAAUUUAAUGGAAAACACAAUAAAAACAAGCUUUAAUAAUAUAAUUGUACGGUAA